UUACUGUUUUUUUUUUCCCGCGGCGUGGAGCUCGCUCGCCUCUCCCGGAGGAGCUGCGGUGGUCUGCGGGUUCAGGACACAGGAGCGGCGGCUGGAGCGGCUGGAGGCUAAGCUAGACUAAGCUAAGCUAAGCUAAGGCCCGAAUCCCUCAUCGCACACACUUAUGGACUUUGAAAAACACGCCUAACAGUCUCCAGAAUCGCGUGUGAAUGGAGCAGUGUGCGAGCACGGCCUCCCUGCUGGCCUCGGUGCGGGAGCAGGAGAGGCAGUUUGAGAUGCUGAGCCGAGCUCUGGAGGAGGAGCGGAGGUCGUGUGCCGGCACCUUGCCCCGCCCCCUCCCCAACAUGCAGAACGGCCGCAUUCCUUGUGAUGCAGACAUAGAGCGGCUGACGCUGAGCGAGGGUUACAUCAACGGGACACACCACUUCAGGAUGGAGCCUGGUCAGAUGGUGCAGGAGAUGUUCACGGUGGAGGAGCCGCCCCUGGAGUCUGCGCCGGUCGUUUCCGUGGAGACCAAUGAAGACGGGAGCACGCGGCGCACAGAGACGACGGUAAAGAAAGUGGUGAAGACCACCACCACCCGCACGGUCGUCCCCUCCGUGUCGGACACCAUGUCCCUCGACGGCGGCGGCUCCAUGACGGGCGUGGGGGGCUACACCACGCCCAUGAACCAGGUCUACAGGCCAGCCCCGGGUGGAGGCGGCAUGCCCAUGGACUACCCCACUCAGACCGUGCCCCGCAACUACCACUACGGCCCCUCCCCCGGGGGCUACGGCGACUACCGCGCCGGGCCGCCGUCCGACAACUACGCAAGCCUCAGCAGGAGCGCCCACAUGGACGAUCGCUACAGACCGGUCCAUCCGGAUGGGUACAGAACUCUGGAUCCCAGCUACCGAGCCCCCAGCAGGUCCCAGCUGGACCCCUACGCUGCUCAGCCACAGGUGGGCCCUAUGGGGAGCGCCAUGGAGCUGUCUUCGAUCCCCAGGUUCAUGCCGGAGCCAUACGGGCUGGAGGACGACCAGCGCAGCAUGGGGUUCGACGAGCCCGACUACGGGAUGGGACACCCGGUGGCCUACAGCACCAUGCCCCGCAGCCACCAUGCCUUCCCUCACGGGCCGCCGCGCAGAACUGCGAGUUACGAGGGAACCCUGGACGGCGACAUGAGCGGUCCAGGAGACAUGUACUACUGGGGAGGCGGCGCCCCGCUGGCCCAGGGCGAGCGGGGCAGCAUGGCGUCGCUGGACAGCACUCUGAGGAAGGGUCCGGGCCCGGCGGGCUGGCGCCAGCCGGAGCUGCCGGAGGUCAUCGCCAUGCUCAACUACAGGCUGGACCCGGUCAAGAGCAACGCAGCGGCUUAUCUACAGCAUCUCACCUACAAGAACGACAAAGUGAAGUCCGACGUGCGUCGUCUGAAGGGGAUUCCAGCGCUGGUCUCCAUGCUCGACAACCCCAACAGGGAGGUGCACUACGCAGCCUGCGGAGCACUGAAGAACAUCUCCUAUGGCAAAGAUCCAGACAAUAAAAUUGCCAUCAAGAACUGCGAUGGAGUGCCGGCUCUGAUCCGGCUGCUGAGGAAGAUCCGAGACCAGGACCUGACCGACAUCAUCACAGGGACACUGUGGAACCUGUCGUCCCACGACUCUGUGAAAAUGGAGAUCGUGGACCACGCGCUGCACGCCCUCUCCGACGAGGUGAUGGUGCCCCACUCGGGCUGGGAGCGAGGGAGCAACGGGGCCGGAGGCGGCGAGGAGAACUGCAAGCCCCGGCACCUGGAGUGGGAGACGGCGCUCACCAACACGGCGGGCUGCCUCAGAAAUGUGAGUUCGGAGCGAAGCGAGGCCAGGAGGAAGCUGAGGGAGUGCACGGGCCUGGUGGACUCGCUCAUGUACAUCGUGCAGUCCCAGAUCGACUGCAAAGACGUGGACAAUAAGUUGAUAGAGAACAGCGUGUGUCUGCUGAGGAACUUGUCCUAUCACGUGCACCGCGAGAUCCCCGGCUGCGAGCGCUACCAGGAGACCACGCCCGUCAACCAGGGCCCCGCCCCCUCCGGCCAGAAGGGCGGCUGCUUCAGCUCCCGCAAGGGCAAAGGAAGAAAAGAUGAGGAUGCAGCUGCAGACGUAAUAGACAUUCCAAAGAGGACCUCGCCCGCCAAAGGCUACGAGCUGCUGUUCCAGCCGGAGGUGGUCCGCAUCUACACCUCGCUGCUGAAGGAGUCCAAAAACCCCACCGUGCUGGAGGCGUCGGCCGGGGCCGUGCAGAACCUGUGUGCAGGACGCUGGACUUAUGGGCGAUACAUCCGUGCCUUGCUGCGCCAGGAGAAGGGUCUUCCCAUGAUGACCGAGCUGUUGGCCCACGGCAACGACCGGGUGGUCCGGGCCAUGUCCGGAGCCCUGAGGAACCUCGCCAUCGACGCCCGCAACAGAGACCUACUAGGUAAACACGCCGUGCCUCACCUGGUGGCCAACCUGCCGGGCGGCGGUCAGAGCCAGCCGGUGCGGGCGCUGUCGGAGGAGACGGUGGUGUCCGUCCUGAGCACGCUGCACGAGGUGCUGGGAUCCAGCCUGGAGGCCGCCAAGACGCUGCGCGCCUCGCAGGGCAUCGAGCGGCUGGUGCUCAUCAACAAGGACGGAAACCGCUCGGAGAAGGAGGUGCGCGGCGCCGGCAUGGUGCUGCAGACGGUGUGGGGCUACAAGGAGCUGCGGCGCACUCUGGAGAAGGACGGCUGGAAGAAGACCGACUUCAUGGUCAACCUCAACCCACCCAGCAACAACACCCGGGCCAACGGGGGCUACGAGGACAGCACGCUGCCGCUCAUCGACAAAGGUGGCAAAAGUGAGCGAGAAAUGAUUCCAAUGAACGACUUGGGACCAGAUGCCUACUCCACACUGGACCAGAGCGGCAGAAAGAACACUCUGGAUAACACACUCGAACCUGCUGACAGAGAUGCACCACAGGGAGGGAUGUAUGGGGAGAGGCAGGCCUCGUUGCCUCUGAUGGAUUCUUACGAUGAAAAACUGAUCGUGUGCAUCACCAGACGACAGCCUCCACCCACGUACUGCCCUUGCUGAACGGACGGAGGAGGACCACUACGCCUCCUCACCCUCCUCCUCCUCCUCCUCCUCCUCCUCUUCCUCCUCCUCUUCCUCCUCUCUGUUACAUUCCUUCAUUUCAGAACAGCCGGCGUGGAUCUCGACCUGACACUACGACCACUUCUCUACGGCGACACUACUAAACAAGUCGGACGUCCUCCUCCACCCCGACGUCUCAGAACUUUUGUAUUUCAGCGGGCGGGCGAUCGCCGCUCCGUUUUAAAGGAAUCAAGCGAAUGUGUCAUUUUUUUCUCUCUCUCUGAUGGUGAAACACUAUUAUUAGAACAACUUUCCUACCGAUGACAGUGGAUGUUAAUCAAGCUGGUUAGACGUGUAAAGGCUUCUGCUGCUGUCCGGUCCGUGGUCGUCUCUUCUUCUUGCUUCGCUCUGUUCCGUUAGUUCUGCACAUGUGCCGUAUCUGUGCCAAAUGACACUGCUCCUGCUGCGACUGCCACCUCCUCCUCCUCCUCCUCCUCUUCUUCUUCUUGUUUCUGCCGCUCGGAGCAGCUACACUGAAAAGACUGUGCUGAACGGGGGGGGGGGGGGGGGGGGGGUUGCCGCUGCCUUGUUGUUGCUGUGUUGGAUUGUGAUCAUGUUGAACCUGAGGGUGGGGGGGCUUUGGGGGGGUGACGGCGUGGAUGUUUGGAACAAGCCGACGUGAAGCCGAGGCUGGAACGUGUUCGUCCGUACAGGACUGUCUGUAACUGGAGUGCCUCGCUCGUUCAGGGGAAACUCUCAGCAGCUCUCAACUCCUGCAGGAAGAUGUGAACUCCUCGAGCUAAUCCUUGGAAUUGGGGGAUUGUUUGUUUUUCUUAUUUUAUUUUUCAGGUAUUUUCCAGCUUCACAGAGGAUUACUGUUUGUUUUCAACCACUUUUCUGUAGACGAAUGCAUAUUCCUAGUGCCGAGUGAGAUGUAGAUACUGAGUGGAUGAUUAAAAGAAGCACUACGUGGUGGAAAAAUGUGGGUUUUUUUUUUUUUAACCCUAAAGCCUUUUUCUGUUUUCUCCCCUUCCAUUUGAUUUUCACACCACUUUGUCAAAACUAACAAGUUGCCUUCAUGAGUGGAGAAUAGAGGGAAGCGAGGGUUAGUGUUAGAAAAUCUGUGUACGGAGGCCUAGACCGGGAUUCGUUUGUUAGAUAAAGAGGAGAAAAAAAUUAAAAAAGCACAUUUAAACUAUAUAUACCAGAGAAUAUUUGUUAAUUUUAAUGGGUUUUGUGUAUUUUUCUUUUUUUUUUUUUUUUUUUUUAAUAUUGAUUUGGGUUUAAUUGUUUUUGGGUGCUUUGGGUGAACGCAUAUGCAAUCAUUUUUUUUGUUUUUCUACAUUUUGAUUGAAAAUAUUCAGUUCAUGUCUUAAUUAAAAGUUAGCUGAGCAAAAUCCUGCAGCCGCGUCGUCGGAUACUGGAACACUAAUGGGAAAAACAGAUUGUGGACUACACCUUAAUCUCUUUGCCUUGGCUCUUAAAGUUGCACAUUCUCAUUUAUGAAUGAAUUAUGUAACUAGCAAUAAUGUUUUUAAUAAAAAAGAAAAUGAUUUGUCAGUG